AUGGCCUCACUCGCUGCUGCUCCCCCUAACACACAUGCUGGAGGAGACGAUGAAGCACUCAGAACACAUGGCACGAUCCCGAUGAACGACCCGCCAGUUUACGCCGACGAGAGGGUGAACAUGGAAGAAUACAAUGCCUCUGUACCCUGGUGGAAAAGGAUAUACCAAGACAGUUUCACACAAAUGAUGCUUCUAUCAAUGCAAAGUUUCUGCGGUCCAGCCAUGGCAGACGCAAUUGCAGGUCUCGGUGGUGGUGGUCUUGCUUCGGCUCAAACAAACAACAUAGCUAACGCGAUAAAUUACGUUAUGCUUGCCCUGGUUUGCUUCCUUGGUGGUCCAAUUGUCAACAAGCUUGGUGUCAAGUGGGCUCUAGUCAUCGGCGCUAUCUCGUUCCCCAUUCAAGGCUCUUCAUACUACUGCAACAGCAAGUUCGGCAACCAAUGGUACAUUAUCUUCGGUGGAUUCAUCUCAGGAAUCGGCACAGGAACGUGGUACGUUGCUGAGAGUGGAACUAUCAUGAGCCUUGCUCCUUCAGGGGCUCGUGGAAAAUACCUGGCAUUCUGGAUCGUAGCCCGCAACCUUGGACAAUUGGUCGGAGGAGCUAUAAACCUGUCAAAGAACCAUUUGAAGGGUGCUGAAACUGGUGUUACUCCGGAUACAUACGUCGCUUUCUUGAUCAUCGAGUGCCUUGCACUUCCCUUCGCCCUAAUGAUCUCUCCUCUCGAACGCGUCGUCAGAUCAGACGGAACCCGUAUCCUGGUCUCUGAGAAGGUUGGAACAAAGCAGGAGUUCAAGCUGAUCAAGACUACCAUGGCUUCCAGCCUCAUCAUCUUGUCAGCAACGUGGGCUAUGUGGUCAUUCUUCUAUUCUGGUACCUGGAGCACCUACCUCGGAAUUUACUUCUCCGUUCGCGCUCGUGCUUUGUCUUCUUUGAUAUCACCAUUCUUCUGCAUUGUCGGAUGCUUUGGUCUCGGUUUCAUCCUCGAUAUGAAGAGCCUCAGUCAACGCCAAAGAGCACGAGUAGGCCUCUUUGUAGUCGUCAUUCUCAACCUCGGUGUCUACAUCUGGUCCAUUAUCAUGCAAGUCAAGUUCAACGCCAACGACCCUGGUAGAAUCGACUGGGACGAUGCACUUUAUCCUUCAGCUUUCCUGCCGUACUUCUUCGUUCAGACCACUGGGCCCCUCUCGCAAUCAUACAUGUACUGGCUGCUUUCGUCUUUCGCAACCGAUGCUCAGGCAAACGUCCGUAACGGAGCUGCCUUUAGAUGUCUUGAGGCUAUUGGACAGGCUAUCAGCUACGGCAUGAACACGCAGACCGAGGCUAGCCCUCUCAUCGGCUUCUGUGUCAGCUUUGGUCUCAUGGCAUUGGCGACUGGUCCAAUGAUCUUGUUGACUAACAAGACCCCUGACCGCAUCCCUGCCGAUGUCAUUCUUGAGGGCCAAGAGGCACUUGAUGCAAAGAUCGCCGAUGAGCCUGAAGUUGUGACUGCCAAGAUGGAUCAAAAGUAG